GGAGCCCGGCGCCCCUUGCUGGUUCCCGGGCCUUCUGCGGCCACGGGGGAGGGGCGGUCCCGCGCCUUCCCGACACGCCCCUUCUUGUGACGCCACCAGGCGCCUCCUCCUCCUCCUCCUCCGCGGUGAUGCCCCCGGCCGGCUCCAGCGCCUUCUUCCGCCGCAGCCGCCCGCUCUGGAUGGCCCUCGUGGCGGCAGGCAUGGGCUACUACGGCUGGGCUGUCUUUUCACCAAAAACAAUCCCUUAUGACUCCCUUGGACCACUAGGCACCUUCACAAGCUACUUGGUGGAGAAUCACAAAGUCUGGCUGAAUGUUGGGUAUGGCAUUUCUUGGUUAAUUCAUGUCGUUGAAACAGUUUAUGCUCUCAAGUUGUGUCGGGACAAGGGCAUCACAGAUGGGUCAACCCAGCUCCGGUGGGCCAUUCAAACUUUCUUGUUUGGAAUAGCAUCCCUUUCCCACUUGCUGAAUUAUGACCCACUGAAGGAAACAAAACACCAGUGAAGGACUCAACUGAAAGAAAAACUGAAAAAUACAGUCAAGGAGACUCUGGGUAUUGUUUUCUGUCUGAGAUUAGAGGUAUUGCUAAAUACUUACAUGCUUGGGAAAGUUUCCAUCUUCUAAAGCUGUCUCUUGGUACUGCGACUGUAGAGGAAGUGAAGAAAAGAGCUUAUGAAAUUAUUCUUGAUAAAGACCAUUAUAAUUUGGCCAAAGAAAUAAAUCCAAAUCUCCUUCACUAGUGGCUUUAUACAAGCAGGAGAACUUACCACCAGACAUUGAUUUCUGAGACACGUGAGGAUUGACUAAUGGCUAAUAAUGCCGCCCCCCGCCCCGGCCCAACUUGCUACACAGUUUAUUUAGUGCACUAAAUACACAUUACAGAGGGGUCUCUUUUUGUGAUGUGGCAGCUCAUCUGUGGAAUGUGAGGACCAAACUCAAGCCAGGAAGCAAGAUCAACACCAUUGUAGUUGCUUUGUGGGAGAUCCCUCCAGGUGGCUGCCCCCUUUUUGCAGUCAGGGAGCCUUCUCCAGACUGCACUGAAGCGUACUUUGGAUGGAGGCUAAGUUUGCAGAGGGAACUUUCUUCAAGCCUUUGAAAUUCCCAGCCAUAAUUCUUGGAAGCUGCCGCUGAGUCCAGAAGCUGUCCCCUUCCUGGCUUCUGGGCUGCCUCUUUCCUAAUUAAUCCUACACGCAUCCCAUCCGCCCCCUUGAUCUGAGCUUCCUGCAGGUGAGAGGUAAUCUUUGUGUUUGGGACACAGUGGCAACAAGUUUAUUUCCUUUUAUUACAUUUGUAUCCCACCCUUCCCUGACAGGCUCAGUUCUUGGAAGGCAGUCACCCACGCCCUUUUUGGAGACACUAUGGCAUAGGACACUUGCAGGUCAACAACAUCUUAGUUUAUGAGUAAUUUGAAAAAAAGAGUGUAGGAGCAGCACUGGGAAAAAUUUCAUCUGACCCCGCAUCUCUUGAGAGAUGUUCUGCUACCAGCAGGAAGGAAACUGUGUGAAGCUGUAUGGAGAGGUGCAUACUCCAGAGGAGAGUUUUGAGUAUUCUUCAUCUUCCGUUUCCAGCUCCUUGACCUGCAAUAGGUGUUUUUCAUGGCUUAGGAUGUUACCUGGCAUAGCAUUUCUGGCUCUUUGGGUUCAGGACCAGUAACAGAUUCAGUGGAGUAAUUGUGGACCUUGGAUAGGUCCCUGAGGCUGGGCCAAAGUGUGGGUGCUAUGAGGAAAUGUUCACGUGGUGCCAGUGUACUGUGCUGCUAGCCUUAGAUAGGCAGUUAUCCUCUAAUCAGUACUGUAGGUAUGUAUUAAACACUGUGAUGCUUUCUGCACUGUACCUUCGGAUUUGGGGCAGUUCCUAAGAACACUGAGUGCUCUUCCAUUAUUUGCAAAAGCCCUUUGCCUUCUGAAAUCAUGGGCUCUGCUGUUAUAUCUCCUUAAGAUAACUGUCCCUAUUUUCUGUCUUGUAAGUAUCGAACAGCAACUCCAGGUAGGUUUCGGAGUCUGUGUCUUAUUGAUUCAGGAGAAUGAUGAAUUGAUUUAUUCUUGUCAUGUUGUGAUUCGGGAUGGGUGCUUUCUCUGUGGGACGUGUGUUGCUGUCAACCUUGAAUCAAAUAACCUUUACAAAAAAUAAAGAGUUUGAUGUUACAAA